GUGCAUCGAUAAUUUCACAGCUGUAGAACAAAGCAGCAAGCAAUUGCGUCUCAUUAUUGAAAACGAAAAUAAAUUGUAACAACCAAACGAAACGAUUAAACUACAAGCAAAAUGUCCGAAAUAAAGGCGUUAGAACACGCCACAUUAAAAGUGCCAUAUGAAAUACUCAACAAACGCUUUCGCUCAGCCCAAAAGAUAAUCGACCGUGAAGUUGACCAGGUGAUGAACGUCUCGCGACAAGUGGAAAAAGCCUUGGACGCUGAUCAGCCCCCCAUUCUAUCGGAUGUGACCAAACUGAUGGGCAAUGUGGCUCAGAAGCUGCAAGUGCUCAAGCGCAAGGCAGAUGAAAGUAUCACCGACGAAUUGAGCGUCACACAGAUUUGCAAACGUAAGUUGGAGCACCUCAAGGGCAUCAUGCCUCAAUCUCGCAGCUCGGGCGAAGUUUGCCAGGGUUCGGUGGAUCAAUGGAAGCGCAUACGGUUGGAUCGUCUGGUCAUCGAGCAUCUGUUGCGCAUGGGUUACUACGAGACUGCUGAAGAGCUGGCCGCCAGAUCGGAUGUGCGCCACUUGACCAAUUUGGACAUCUUCCAGACAUCGCGCGAAGUGGAAGACGACUUAGCCAAUCACAGCACCACGAAAUGUGUGCUCUGGUGCAUUGACAACAAGUCAAAACUGCGCAAAAUCAACUCGACCAUUGAAUUUAGUCUGCGUGUGCAAGAAUUCAUUGAGCUUGUGCGUCAGAAUCAACGCUUCGAGGCCGUCAAGCAUUCCAGACGCUACUUCCCGGCCUACGAGAAGACACAGUUGAAUGAGAUAUGCCAUGUGAUGGCACUGCUCGCGUAUCCCGCCGAUACGCAACUGGAGCACUGCAAGAAAUACAUGGAUCCCAAGCGCUGGGAGCAACUCGUGCUGGACUUUCGCCAUGAGAACUAUCGCCUGUUCCAACUGUCGAAUACCUCGGUCUUCUCAGCAGCUGUGCAGGCGGGCUUAUCGGCACUGAAGACGCCACAAUGCUACUCUCAGACCUGCCGCAAUCUCAAUUGUCCCGUCUGCCAGGAGGAUCUGAACCGGAUUGCGCUCAAGUUGCCAUACUCGCACUGUGUGCAGAGUCGACUCAUCUGUCGCGUCACCGGGCUGCCACUCAACGAGCACAAUCAGCCAAUGAUGCUGCCCAAUGGGCAGAUCUAUGGCCAGCAGGCAAUCAGGAAGAUAACCAAAGAGGAUGGCACCACCACCUGCCCGGUGACCAAUGUGAAGUUCACGAAACCCAAGAUCGAGAAGGUGUUUAUCAUGUAAGCGGAGUCCAGGACUGAAUUCCGCUGCUGCACUUUGUUUAAUCAAACCAAUCAAUCAUUACGACUAUUAUUAUUAUUAUAAUUACAAAGUAUGUUAAGCAAGAAGAGAGUCGACUAUACACGAUAUAUUUCUUUGGAUGAUUACGAUCUGUAUUAUGAUACAUCUCUGUAUUGCAUCUAGUUCUUAAGUUUUUGGCGCUUCAAACUGUGAACUGCGCAUUUGAAUUUCGAUUACGAUUGUCUGUAGUUGUUGACUCCACAUUUGUUGUUGUUGAUACUUGGAUUCAAGUCUCUUUCGACGCUGCGCCGUCGCCAUUCUAUUGAUUUUUCGUCAGCAGCAGAGCAGAAGCUGAUGCUGAAACUGAACCAGAAGCAGCAGUUGGAGCAGUUGUCGUUGUUGAUUCACGUUGUGUGGCAGGCGGACGACGACGACGUUAUUAAAUUGCUCGACAAAGUGGAAACAACAAAUAUAUCAUCAAUAUAAAUAAAUAAGUAAGCGAAUGUGA